AUGAAGUACCACUGUAAGUACCACUGUAAGUACCACUGUAAGUACCACCGUAAGUACCACGGUAAGUACCACCGUAAGUACCACCGUAAGUACCACCGUAAGUACCACCGUAAGUACCACUGUAAGUACCACCGUAAGUACCACCGUAAGUACCACUGUAAGUACCACUGUAAGUACCACUGUAAGUACCACCGUAAGUACCACCGUAAGUACCACUGUAAGUACCACUGUAAGUACCACUGUAAGUACCACCGUAAGUACCACCGUAAGUACCACUGUAAGUACCACCGUAAGUACCACUGUAAGUACCACCGUAAGUACCACUGUAAGUACCACCGUAAGUACCACUGUAAGUACCACCGUAAAAGCACCUCCUGCACCUCUCUCCAGGAGCCUCCUCCUCAGAGCCCUCAGUGCCUCCUCCUGAGAGCCUCCUCCUCAGAGCCCUCAGUGCCUCCUCCUGAGAGCCUCCUCCUCAGAGCCUCCUCCUCAGAGCCUCCCCCUCAGAGCCUCCUCCUCAGAGCCUCCUCCUCAGAGCCUCCUCCUCAGAGCCCUCAGUGCCUCCUCCUGAGAGCCUCCUCCUCAGAGCCUCCUCCUCAGAGCCUCCUCCUCAGAGCCUCCUCCUCAGAGCCUCCUCCUCAGAGCCUCCUCCUCAGAGCCUCCUCCUCAGAGCCUCCUCCUCAGAGCCUCCUCCUCAGAGCCUCCUUUCACAGGAGAGUCUGUGAUGUCACAUCUGCAGAGUCUGUGAUGUCACAUCUGCAGUCUGUGAUGUCACAUCUGCAGAGUCUGUGA